AUGUCAUUUAUAACACCAACACGUCCAUUAGAAUCAAGUGCAAAACGUCUUCUUAAACGAGUAAAUAUUUGUACUGAACGUAGUUUUGAAUGCACACCUGUUCGAUAUGCAACUUCAAAACGAAAAACAAUACAAGUUCUAUCGUCGACUAUGUCAUCUGGUAUUACUCUAUUAAGUGACAAUGAUCAGACACUUGUUGGUGAUCAUACUAUUAGUGAUGAUUCAUUAUUAUCACUGGAUAGAACACUUACAGAAAACAACAAUGAAAUGAAUAAAUCUAAUGGCACAUUUAUUACAACACCUUGGGAAAUAAUCGAUAGUAUCAAUAGUAAUAAUUCCGAUUUUAGUGUUAUUACAAUCAAUCAAUCUGAUAUAUCACAAGCAACUGUUAUAAGUAAACGAUCAACAAAAAUAUCUAUUCGUCCCUCAUCAUUAUUAGCACGUAUUUUGAAACCAUCAACACCAAAACCAUCGACAGCAAAUGUCAAAUAUAUAAAUCGAUAUGUACGUGAUAUCGAUCGAUUAAAAGAUACCUUUGGUCAAGAAUGGUUUACAUUACCAAAUUUCGUCUAA